UAUUUAUUAGAAUGUUGAUGAAGGAGUGUCACAUAGCAACAUUUCACUUAUAAUUUCCUGCUAUGGGCUAAAGUUUGUAAGUGUCAUGUGUCAACGCAAAACGACAACGUGCUCUUUCAAAUAGGAAAAUCGCAGGCGAUGGUGCUGACAGUGAGAUCUUCAAACAUGCGUUAACUAUGAUAUAGAAUAGCUGAAUAUGUAUUCGUUUCUUUCGAAAUUACCAUACAUUAAUUGUGUAUGCUUGUGAGAUAGUGUUCCUCGUGGACAUGUUGCUUUCGAAAACACACCUUAAAAUUGAUAGUUAGGUUAUGAAGAGAGAGAGAAAAAAUCUGAGGAAGUGCCAACCCAGUGAGAGUGAAUUGGAUUUACAGCGAUUGAAAGAACAGUUCAACUGUUGCAGUAGGCCUACUGGUGAAUCACUUUUUCCAUGAAGAUAUUGCUUUACAUGGAAUAUUCAGUUCAAGGGGCGGAAAUAGAGGAGAGUUGUUUCAAUACGGGAGAGCUGGUAGUUAGUUUUGUUUACAAUUUCGUGCGAAUACACUUUAUAUCCCCGAAAUGUGAGGUGAAUAUGUCUUGUGGAUUUACAGAACAAGAACCUCAAUAGAUUUCAUUGGUCCACUACUCAGGAAACUUUUGGAAGUCAUAUGUCUGCCUAGUGGAAUGACCGCACCGCUUUAUUUUAUCGGUUCAAAAGACACUUUGAAAACCAUGAACAAUUAUUGCGGACUGGGUUUAUUAAAAUUAAUUGGGUGGAAUUUAACGUUCCGUCGAGGGAUGUCAGCGGGACUGUAGACUGGAGUUAAGCAGUGCAUUUGGGACGCGCGCUCAUGGAGCUUCAGGUGGUAUGUGGACUGCUCUACUGCAUUCUGUUGCCGACGUUCUUGUUAGCAGCCUGCCUGUUUCGCUACAAUGCCCUGUCUCUGGUCUACCUGCUCUACCUGCUGCUACUGCCAUGGUUCCUGUGGCCCAACAAGCACACACUACGAGGACAUACUGGACGUUUCAUCAAGGCUCUGUUCUGCACCAGUCUCCUCUUCCUGCUAGCCCAUGUCUCCUUCCAGAUCUGCCUGUACACUAUCCCUGACCUGGACCAUGCACUGGGAAACAACUGUAGUUUGUGGGACACACUAUCGAGGCAUGUCGGUGUAUCCAGGCUGCCCCUGGAUGACCCGUGGAGUGUGGUGCGUCUGCUGACCCCCGACCUGGGGGUGUUUGUGAUCUCCCUGGUUACCCUGGUGGUGUGUAACCGGCUGGUCAAGAGGAGAGAUGACGUCACUUUCCUGCCGGUAGCCUCCGACUCCACACAGGGGACAGAGGAUGGGUCAGAGACAAAGGAGGGUGAAGAAGAGGAGGAAGAGGAGGGAGAUGAGGAAGGCAUUUCGUCGCCCAGUGAACCUGGGGAUGACAUGGUUUCUGCAGCAACUCGUGCCAAGCAGCUGGCGGCCCGGCUCCGAGUCACAGCACAGAAGGUCCUGAGGGACCUGGGCCGGAUCCUGGCCAUCACCCUGCUGGCUCUGGCUGGCAUCACCUUACCCUCGGCCUUCUCUGCAAUCUACUUCCUGCUUUUCAUCGGCGUGUGCACGUGGUGGGCCUGCCACUUUCCCAUCAGCCACCUAGGCUUCAAUGUGCUGUGUGUGAUGGUGGGCUUUUUCACGGCGGGCCACUUGGUGUGUCUCUACCUGUACCAGUGCCCCAUUGCCCAGGGCAUCUUCCCCCCUGCCAGCCUGUGGGCCAGACUGUUUGGCCUAAAGGAUAUCAUCAAACCUGGCAACUGCUCCGCCUCCUAUGACCUCAUCCUUAACACGGAGCAUGAUUGGCCGGUGUAUGUCAACCCCGGGAUCCUGCUUCUCCUGUCCAUCACCGUGGCGACGGUCCUGAAGAUCAGCAGCCACCAUGGAUCGGCUGACAAGGGUGAGGAGGGGGCCCAGCUUGUCAAAGGAACAGAGGCUGGAGGAGGAGAGGAUGUGGAACUGAAGCCCUGGUCCGCUCAGAGACAACCCAGCCAGGACGACACUGAGAACACGCUUCUGUCUAUAGAGCGCACAGGAGAUCGCGUCACCAAUAGCUCCAGUCAUCAGGACUUGGGCCCAGGGCUCAGUAGCACCCCUGAUGGGCAGCACGAGGACCACCCUCUGCAGCUGCUGGGUAGAGUGGUCAUGCAGCAGAGCUACGUGUGUGCUCUCAUCGCCAUGAUGGUGUGGAGCAUCACCUACCACAGCUGGCUGACUUUCGUGCUGCUGCUGUGGGCGUGUCUGAUCUGGAUGCUACGUGCGAGACGCCACUUCGCCACGCUGUGCUCUCCCUUCAUCCUGCUCUACGGCCUGGCCCUCUGCUUCCUCCAGUACGUCUGGGCCAUGGACCUGCAGCCGGAGCUGCCCCGCACCGUGGGCACCAUGAGCCUUAGGCAGCUGGGUCUGGACCAAGCCCAGUACCCCUGCCUCCGCCUGGGGGCCAUGCUGCUGUACACGCUGACGUUCUGGCUGCUCCUACGCCAGUCAGUGAAGGACAACUUCAGCAGGAAGAAGGCCAGGUCUGCCCCUCUACAGGAGGUUACCACUGGAGAGGGGAGCGGGCAGAACGAGUCGGUUCUGAAGGUUGUGGGCAGACUGGUGAUGAGCUGCUAUGCCAAGUACUGGAUCUACGUGUGUGGAGGCAUGUUCAUCAUGGUCAGCUUCGCUGGCAAGCUGGUGGGCUACAAGAUCAUCUACAUGCUGCUCUUCCUGCUUUGCCUCUGUCUCUACCAGGUGUACUACUCUCUGUGGAGGAGGCUGCUCAAGGUUUUCUGGUGGCUGGUGGUGGCCUACACCAUGCUGGUCCUUAUCACCAUCUAUACCUUCCAGUUUGAGGACUUCCCUGCCUACUGGAAGAACUUCACCGGCUUCACUGAAGAGCAGCUGGCUGACAUCGGCCUGGAGACCUUUAAGCUGACCGAGUUGUUCACCAGCAUCCUGAUCCCAGGCUUCUUCCUGCUGGCCUGCAUCCUGCAGCUGCACUACUUCCACAAACCCUUUAUGAGGAUCACAGACCUGGACCACGUCACGCCCAUACACAGGAAGAGGAACAGGCACAGACCAGAGGUCCGCCGCUGUGUUGAUGGGGCUGUGUUUGAGGAGGAUGACCUGGUGACGGAUCUGAGGGAUGACGAAUCAGAGGAGGAUGAGAUGAUGCCCAGUAAGUGGGGUUUGGUGAUGAACAGGCUGAUAGUUCUGUUCAGGAAGUUCUCUGACACGCUGACCCAGAUCCAAGUGUUAAUCUGGAGGGUCCUUGAGCUGCACAUCCUCAAGAUGGUGGCCUUUUUCGUGGUCUGGGUAGCUCUGGGAGAGCCAUCUGUGAUGAACCUGGUUCUGGUGGUGCUCUGGGCGUUUGCCAUGCCCUACACCCGCUUCCGCCACAUGGCUUGCUGUCUGUCCACCGUCUGGGUCUGCAUCAUCAUUGUCUGCAAGAUGCUCUACCAGCUCAGCAUCGUCGACCCUGUCGAGUACUCCAACAACUGCACUGUGCCCUUGGCCAAUGAAACCAAUCUGAAAGAUGCUGAGGUCCUGAACUCCACUCUGUACAGAGAGCCUGUAGAUCCAGCCAACUGGUUUGGCUUCAGGAAGGAUGCCACCGUGCUGGGCUAUAGCAAGAACCACCUGCUGGUGCUGAUGCUGCUGGUGUUUGAGGCCACAGUGAACCGCCACCAGGACCACCACUACAGGCAGCAGCAGAGGUCCCCUCCCCUCAUCCCAGCCAUCUUCCCCCAGGCCACCAGAGACACCCUGGACCAGGGCCUGCUGGCCUGCAUCAAGUACCUACUCAACUACAGCUUUUACAAAUUUGGCCUGGAGAUCUGCUUUCUGAUGAUGGUGAAUGUGAUUGGCCAGCGAAUGAACUUCCUAGUCAUAAUCCAUAGCUGUUGGUUGGUGGCCAUCAUGGUACGGCGUCGCCGGGCGGCCAUCGCUCAGAUCUGGCCCAAGUACUGCCUGUUCCUCAGCAUCUUCAUGAUCUACCAGUACAUACUGUGUGUGGGCAUUCCCCCUGCACUCUGUAUAGACUACCCCUGGCGAUGGAACACCCCCGUCAUAAUCAACUCAGCACUCAUCAAAUGGAUCUACCUCCCAGACUUCUACACCAUCCCCAACUCCAAGAACCUCAUUGCGGACUUUGUUCUCCUGAUGUGUGCCUCCCAGCAGUGGAAGGUGUUUGAGGAUGAGAAGAGGGAGGAGUGGAUGGUUCUGGCUGGGGAGAACACAGACGACCCUAACCCCAUGGACAAUCGACCUUUCAACCCUGCCCCCAACUUCAUCAACUGCAGGUGUUACCUGGACAUGAGCAAGGUGCUGGUGUUCCGUCACAUGUUCUGGUUUGUCUUGUCGGUGGUGUUUGUGACCGGGGCUACCAGGAUCAGUGUGUUCGGCCUGGGCUACCUGCUGGCCUGCUUCUUCUUCCUGCUCUUCGGCACCAAGCUGCUCAGGAAGCCCUCCCGCACGCGCCUGGUCAUGUGGGACUGCCUCAUCAUCUACAACGUGGCCGUAAUCAUCUCCAAGAACAUGCUGUCUAUCUUGGCCUGUGUGUUUGUGGUAGAGAUGCAGAAAAGUUUCUGCUGGGUGAUCCAACUCUUCAGUCUGGUCUGCACAGUGAAGGGUUACUAUGACCCUAAGAGUGUGAGCGAUAAGGCGUGUACUCUGCCUGUAGAGGAGGCAGGCAUCAUCUGGGACAGUAUCUGCUUCUUCUUCCUCCUGCUGCAGAGGAGAGUGUUCCUCAGCUGCUACUUCCUGCACGUGACAGCCGACCUGCAGGCCUCCGCCCGCCAAGCCUCCCGGGGCUUUGAGCUGUUCAGGGCCAGCAUUGUGAAGAACAUGCGCUUCCACCAGGAAGUAGAGAAGAAGUCCCUCUCGCAGCUCAAGAGAUCGAUGGAACGGAUCCGCUCCAAACAGGAGAAGUGUAAAGAAGGCCGUCGGAAAUCGGACACCAAGGCGGAUCCAGCAUCAGAGCCACAGAAGGAAAAGAGAAGCCACAAGCGUGGCAAGAAGUGGCAAGAGCCCUGGCUGGACCAUGCUAAAGUGUUGCAUUCUGGGGAUUACUACCUGUUUGAGUCGGACAGUGAGGAGGAAGACGAACUGUUUUCAGAAGAAAAAAAGCCUCAGAAACAGACUGCCUUUCAGCUGGCGUACCGGGCGUGGGUGACCAGCGCCAAGGCAACGCUGAGGGAACGUCAGGAGAGACAGAAAGAACAGAGGAGGCUGGAAAGAGAGGAGAGACGGCAGAGGAAACAGGAUAGUUCUCCAGCGUCAGGUCAUGAAGGUAGUCUUGAAUUUGAAGAAAGCAUUUCACAUGAAGAGAUAGACGACAAUGACGAACUUGAUGGAGAGGGCUCAGGGAAGGCAGACAUUGUGCAGAGGAUCCUGGACGUCCUCAUGUUGCUGUGGGUCGUGUUCCUGGCCAUGGUGGAUGGCCUAACAGAGUGGCUCAACCUCAUCACCAAGCAGUACGUGGACACCUCCACCGUGCUGUGCAAUGAACGCUACCACCUCAUACACAACGUCAGCCAGGGAUCUCUGAGGGAGCCCAUGGAGGAUCAGCUGUCCCAGGGCAGCGAGAGCCCCACUAUGGAGACCUGUCUGGGAGACAUAGAGGGAGACACGGACCACAUGAAUAGAACCAGUGCCACGAGUGGGUUGGAGCUGGUGGAGCUGAGCGAGCGUGAGCAUCACAGCGGCACCACCCUGUGUUGUCCAGAGCCCACUCUGGAGCUGCUGGGGGUGGAGCCAGAACCACAGCACAACAGCCACUACCGCCACUCCAGGACCGCCAGCGAGAUGCUCACUGACCGGCAGUUCUUUGUGGAGGAGCUGGUCCAGUGUAGAGAGUUCUACUCCUCUCAGAACCGCCUGCUGAAGCUGCAGUUUGCCCUGUACAACCUCCUGGCUGCCAACUCAGAGCUGGUGUGCUACUUCAUCAUCGUGCUCAACAACAUGGUGACGGCCUCUGUCAUCUCAGUGGUGCUGCCCAUCCUCAUCUUCCUCUGGGCCAUGCUGGCCGUGCCACGCCCCACCAAGAAGUUCUGGAUGACCGCUAUUGUCUACACUGAGGUCAUGGUGGUGGUAAAGUACCUGUUCCAGUUUGGUUUCUUCCCGUGGAACAGUGUAUAUGAGCUCACGCUGAACGAGGACAAGCCUUUCUUCCCACCUCGUAUCCUGGGCCUGGAGAAGACUGAUAACUACAUCCGCUAUGAUCUGCUGCAGCUGCUGGCUCUCUUCUUCCAUCGCUCACUUCUACAGCGGUAUGGCCUGUGGGACCAGGAAUGUGCUCUGGAGGAGAAGCCCUCACGGCCAUCAGAGGAGGCCAACAAGAAGGAGGGAGGAAAGGGGGAGGGGGUGGAAGUCCAUGUUCAUCCCAGCACAGGACCCAGCCUCAUGGACCUGGAGGAACUCAAACCGGACGAGGACCAGAAGGCCGAACCAGAGCCUGAACCAGAGCCUGAACCAGAGCCUGAACCAGAGCCCAGCACCAGCUUAGUCCCCACCCCAGAGCCGCCCCCCAGCCUGCCUGUGGAGGGACCCAAGAAGAAGGGCAGCAUCAUGCGCUUCCGCAAGAAAAAACAAUUAAGCAAAGAAGCCUUAGAUAUCAAGGCUGAGAAAAAGGAGCAGAAGAAGAAACAGAAGGGUAAGCGUAGAGAGGCAGCCAGUAAGAAGCUGAUAGCAGCGGGAGAGAAGAUCAAGCACCUCACCAUCACAGCUGUGCGGAAUGUCUACAAGCCGUGUCACGAAUUCUUCAGCGACAUCUUACAUGCACCGUACCGCGCUGCCACUGAUGUCUACGCCCUCAUGUUCCUCACUGACGUGGUGGAUUUCAUCAUCAUUGUCUUUGGUUUCUGGGCCUUUGGAAAACACUCGGCCGCAGCAGACAUUGCCUCCACGCUGUCAGAGGACCAGGUGCCCGAGGCCUUCCUGGUGAUGCUGCUCAUCCAGUUCAGCACCAUGAUCAUCGACCGAGCCCUCUACCUCCGCAAGACCGUCCUGGGCAAGCUCAUCUUCCAGAUCAUCCUGGUGUUCGGCAUCCACCUCUGGAUGUUCUUCAUCCUGCCUGCUGUCACUGAGAGGAUGUUCAGUCAAAACUCGGUGGCUCAGCUCUGGUACUUCUUCAAGUGUAUCUACUUUGCCCUGUCGGCCUAUCAGAUCCGCUGUGGCUACCCCACCCGGAUCCUGGGCAACUUCCUCACUAAGAAGUUCAACCACCUCAACCUCUUCCUCUUCCAAGGGUUCCGCUUGGUGCCUUUCCUGGUGGAGCUCCGGGCAGUGAUGGACUGGGUGUGGACUGACACCACUCUGUCCCUCUCCAACUGGAUGUGUGUGGAAGACAUCUACGCCAACAUCUUCAUCAUCAAGUGCAGCCGUGAGACAGAGAAGAAAUACCCUCAGCCCAAAGGCCAGAAGAAGAAGAAGAUAGUGAAGUAUGGGAUGGGAGGACUCAUCAUCUUCUUUCUCAUCUGCAUCAUCUGGUUCCCGCUGCUCUUCAUCUCGUUGGUCAGAUCGGUGGUGGGCGUGGUCAAUCACCCUGUGGAUGUCACAGUGACCGUCAAGCUGGGAGGAUAUGAGCCCUUGUUCACCAUGAGUGUCCAGCAGCAGUCCAUUCAGUCCUUCACUGAGGAGGACUACAACAAACUCACCACCAACUUCUAUGACAAUGCUAGGGCUAUGCAGUUCAUCACCCUCUACAGCUAUGAGGACAUAGUGACAGCUAAGAUCGAGGGCAGUUCAGGGUCAGUGUGGAGGAUCAGCCCACCAAGUCGACAGGAGGUGGUCAAGGAGCUGCUGGGCAGCCCUGUGGACAUGACCCUACGCCUGGCCUGGACCUUCCAGAGGGACCUUGGCAAGGGUGGCACUGUGGAGCACACGUCUGACAAGUACUCCAUCGAUCUGGAUCCAGGCAACCCGGUCAGAGCAGACUUGGCUUCCCUGCUAGUGGGGAACCGCACAGACCCAGUACGUGUGCCUCACAUGUUCCCCAACUAUAUCCGAGCACCAAACGGCGCCGAGGCCAAACCAGUCGACCAGCUGUAUAAAGGUGAUGAGGAUGGCUACCAGGAUAUAACACUGUCUCUGAUGAGGGACCGCUCUCUGAACAGCACCCGUGGGGCCCAGGAGUGGUGGGACAUCAGCAUCGCCGACUGUACUCCGUCCAAAGGAGCCUGCGGCGUUCUGCCGAUGGUCAUCUUCAAUGACAAAGUCAGCCCCCCCAGUCUAGGUUUCCUGGCAGGAUAUGGGAUCAUGGGGCUGUAUGUGUCUGUGGUGCUGGUGAUUGGGAAGUUUGUGAGGGGCUUCUUCAGUGAGAUCUCUCACUCCAUUAUGUUUGAGGAGCUGCCCUGUGUUAACCGUAUCCUCAAGCUGUGCACAGACAUCUUCCUGGUCAGGGAGACAGGAGAGCUAGAGCUGGAAGAGGAGCUCUACUCCAAACUCAUCUUCCUCUACCGCUCACCAGAGACUAUGAUUAAGUGGACAAGAGACAAGCUAUCAAGUGACAAUCGCUAGCACCCCCCCCCCCCCCCCUUGGCUGUCCUAUCCAGAUCACCCCUGGUUGGGGCUGUCUCACACACAGGGGUGCCUCUACCUGGUCUUCCUCUAAAAGACCCAAUACUAGCUCCAGUGGGUCUAUUUUCACUGUGCACUAACCCCUUAGCCAGGGGGAAAGGCAUGUUUUGUCUGUUUCUGUACUCUGACAGUACUAUUUGCCUCUGCUGGUGGGCUGUACUGACAGACAGUGAGCCAGAGGCUGUGUGGUGGCCAAGGCGUCUGCUCCAGUACCUGUCCCAGGGUUAUGGAAAGUGUGGCUUGGCCUCUACAUUCAGAAGGGCAGGUUAGAUGCUUUGCACUUUGACCACAGACUAAAGCCAGGCUCCUCGUCUUAUUGCCUGGGUUCCAACAGAAAUAUCGGCUUCUGAAUGAGGUGUGAUGGCCGGCUUGACCUACAGACACUACCGCUUAAUGAAGAGACAGGCCCCCGGCUGGAUCUUCACUACACUGACCAGCACAGUGUGGACUAACGCAGUACCAAAGGGGACAAUUUGAGAGAAAAAGGACCUAAAGUAGGGUGUUUGUUUCCAAUCAAAACACUAUUAGAUCAUAUUCAGCCAAAUCUCAGAGUCUUACUCAAACUGUUUACAAAUUGAAACGCUUCAGUUGGGAGGAAAGCUAACUUUGUACGUGGCAACAAGUUACAGGCUUAUUGAUCGCAAGACUUGAAUCUCUUAAGUGUUAAAUGACAGAGUAUAGCAACACUGUAAAGAUUGAAACACGUCUUAGUCAUAACAAUCCUUACAAAAUGUCUCCAUGCUGGAAUAAUGCAUAAGGCAACAUUAGCCCAAUCUCUGGAAAAUGUCAUGCUGGAGUACAUUCAGAAAUUGUGACACUAUAUAGAAAACACAGUGACCAUUGUGCCUUUGUUUCUGAAUUGUUACAAUAGGGUUCAGCCAUUGCUUGAGCAGUUUUUGCCAAUAUGCAAAAACCAAAACCUUUCCUAACUUUAAUAAACAUGUGUUAUGCGCUCAUUUUCAGAGAACCUAAUGGGAGUUCUAAUGCAGGUUGUUGCUAUGGGAUCUCUGUUUUGGAAGAAUAAUCAUUUCUAUUCCCAAUAGAAUGUGAUUCAGCUUCUAAACCAAUGAAAAUAUUGUUCAUUCUCAUUUCUGACAUGGAAAACCUAAUUGUUUCAGCAUCAUACAUCCAUCAAUUCAUUAGUUAUACUUGAAUCAAUGUUAGAUUCACCACCAAGCAGUGCCAUGUACAAAGCAGCUUUAUUUUGGGAGCAGUUAAAAUACAGUUUAAAUCAGCCUAUUGUCUUAUAGCCAAAUAAUAUUUACUCAGUCAGUUGAUUCAUUAAAAGCAAUUGGUGUUAGUUUAUAUUGAGACAAACAGACUUGGCUGUAUAGUUGCCAAGGGAACUACGUCACUGCAGUGCCGUUGUGCAGUCACAAGGACCCAUUGACCCUCGGGAUGGCUUCAUCCUCUUCCUCAUCUAGCAGGAACUCACUGAUCUCCUCCCUCAUCUGAGACCUAGACAAGUCCAUAAACAGAAGUAACAAGGUAAAUAGAAGGAUAUGCUCAGUGCAGUAAUAACUCAGUAUUCUAUGCAGACAUUAUGGCUAUGUCACGUUUUUGAGUUAAGAAUGUUGUAUAAAUCUCACCUUCUCUUCCUUCUCUCAGCCUCUGACAGUAUAUACUGAGGAAGGGCAUCUUCUACUGUCUGUAGAACAGAGAAAGGCCAUGGUUCACAUUGCACAUUGUCCUGCUGUAGUCUUUGUUAAGAUUAUGUUGGUCAUGUUUAGUGGUAAUGUGACGUGAUAGACGUCCUUUCACUUACCAUGUCUUUGAUGGUCAGUCUACAACUGUAACACAACAGGCUUUUAAGAUCCACCGUCUCUGGCUCCCUGAAAGAACACACACCACAGUAUUGUAUUAAUUCAAUAGGAUCAAAUUAAACAGCCUCUUGUACAAGUAA